GGAUGAAAAGGCAAAUGUUAUCAUUCAAGAGCAGUAGGCUCUCUCUAGUUGUCAAGUGGGCCUGGAACUGGUGGUAGUGAGAAUCCAGGGGGAUGGUCUUAUCGCUCCCUUCCAGUCUUCUGCCUUCUUGAGAUGGCUCACUCAAUUCUUUAGUCUGUCUCUCAGCAGCAGCAUUGGGGUGGACCUUGGACACACAACCUCUCCCUCGACACUGAGUUCCUUGCGCUUGUCACCCCUGAAGACCUACCCAAUUGGCUGGCCCUGUUGGGUCCUUAUGCAGAUUGUGGUCUUUUCUGCUCUCACUGCUUUGGGGAGUGAUGCUAAGGCAGAGGACCGCCACACACCAGUUGAACAGCUGCCUGCCUCCGUGUGGCCCUGGCAGGAAGCCAUGACCUCCACCAGGUCUGAACCUCUGCAGGAAUCGCCAGAGGCUGAGGAUGGAAACAUCGAGUACAAAUUGAAGCUGGUGAAUCCAUCCCAGUACCGCUUCGAGCACCUGGUGACGCAAAUGAAGUGGCGGCUCCAGGAAGGCCGUGGUGAAGCUGUCUACCAGAUAGGGGUGGAGGACAACGGGCUGCUGGUGGGGCUGGCCGAGGAGGAGAUGCGGGCCUCCCUGAAAACUCUGCACCGGAUGGCAGAGAAGGUUGGGGCAGACAUCACUGUUCUCCGGGAGCGAGAAGUGGAUUAUGACAGUGACACGCCCCGGAAGAUCACCGAGGUGCUGGUUCGAAAGGUCCCAGACAACCAGCAGUUCCUAGACCUCCGUGUAGCCGUCCUGGGCAACGUGGACUCGGGGAAAUCAACCCUGCUUGGAGUCCUGACCCAGGGGGAGUUGGACAAUGGGCGGGGCCGGGCCCGGCUCAACCUUUUCCGCCACCUGCACGAGAUUCAGUCUGGCCGAACCUCUAGCAUCAGCUUCGAGAUCCUGGGCUUUAACAGCAAGGGUGAGGUGGUGAAUUACAGUGACUCCCGGACGGCAGAGGAAAUCUGCGAGAGCAGCUCCAAGAUGAUCACCUUCAUCGACCUGGCUGGCCACCACAAGUACCUCCACACCACCAUCUUUGGCCUCACCUCCUACUGUCCCGACUGCGCCCUACUCCUCGUCAGUGCCAACACAGGCAUCGCCGGCACCACGAGGGAACACCUGGGCUUGGCCCUAGCCCUGAAAGUACCCUUCUUCAUUGUGGUCAGCAAGGUGGACCUAUGUGCCAAGACCACAGUGGAGAGGACAGUUCGCCAGCUGGAGCGAGUCCUGAAGCAGCCAGGCUGCCACAAGGUCCCCAUGCUGGUCACCUCCGAGGAUGAUGCUGUUACUGCCGCUCAGCAGUUUGCCCAGUCACCCAACAUCACCCCCAUCUUCACACUGUCCAGUGUGUCUGGAGAGGGUUUGGACCUCCUUAAAGUCUUUCUGAACAUCCUUCCGCCCCUGACCAACAGCAAGGAGCAGGAGGAGCUCAUGCAGCAGCUGACAGAGUUCCAGGUGGAUGAAAUCUACACGGUGCCAGAGGUGGGGACUGUUGUUGGAGGGACACUUUCCAGUGGGAUUUGCCGUGAGGGCGACCAGCUGGUGGUGGGUCCCACCGACGAUGGCUGUUUCCUGGAACUGAGGGUGUGCAGCAUCCAGCGCAACCGCUCUGCCUGCCGGGUACUACGAGCUGGCCAGGCCGCCACACUGGCCCUCGGUGACUUCGACCGUGCGUUGCUCCGGAAGGGCAUGGUGAUGGUGAGCCCUGAGAUGAACCCCACCAUCUGCUCAGUGUUUGAGGCCGAGAUUGUCCUCCUCUUCCAUGCCACCACCUUCCGACGGGGAUUCCAGGUGACAGUACACGUGGGCAACGUCCGUCAGACGGCAGUGGUGGAAAAGAUCCAUGCCAAGGACAAGCUGCGGACGGGGGAGAAGGCAGUGGUACGGUUCCGCUUCCUGAAGCACCCAGAGUAUCUGAAGGUGGGCGCCAAACUGCUGUUCCGGGAAGGUGUCACCAAAGGCAUUGGUCAUGUCACAGACGUGCAGGCCAUUGCUGCAGGAGAAGCACAAGCCAGCCUGGGCUUCUGAACCCUCCAGACAGCGCCAGCACUCCCGCUGUCCCGACAAUACAUAAGGUGACUUCCGGCCCUGCUGCCCUUGGUUGGCGGCUGUGUGUGUUGUUAGGUGAGGGAGUCAGGGGUACUAUGCCAUCUGCUUCCUGCCUACCCUUUCUGGAGAGGUGCCAAUCUUGGUGCAGGAGUGGUCCUAAUGGAGAAGACCAAAACACAGGCAGUGCUCUAAAGCUGUGCACCCACCUGGCCAAUUCACCAGCCUGGCAAUGUUGUGGCCUGUCUGCCAGCAAGAGCCGAGCAGUCACCUUGACACUCCCACUGGGACUAGGUGACAAUGUCAAGUGUCGUCUCUGCACUCCAGGAAUCCUCACCACUGGGGUGGCCCCUGAAAGCACUCCCUGUUCUAUACCUCGUCUCAAGGCCAUGUUAAGUUGCCCAUCUCCGACUGACUGUGGACAAAGAUACCUGUUGCGGCCUGGCUGCCAGCCCAGGGGUCUGAAGAGAUGGCACUCAGUGCCAGUGUUCUGUUCCCGUGCUGAGGCCCCAGGCCGACUCAUCAGCUCCAUCCUCCUCUCCCUGACUCCAGGGCAUCUCCCACCUCCUCGCCUCACAAGCCCCACAGGUGCUAUCUGUUGUGCUGGCCCCGGAGUGGGGCUGCCAAGCUCAGGCCUGGCAUACCAAAGGUCAGCUGCACGUCUUUUAUCCCCACACACUCCUCCACAGCCAUUUGGUGGCUUCCAUGAGGGAUCUCACAGUAGGCACUCCUUGCCCAGCUGGUUGGCUGGGGACUGCCCCGUGGCUCCCUGUGCUGCACUCCACUCCCCCUCACCCCCAGCUUCCCUAGCUGCUGCGAGCCAGGAGGAAAGGGGAAGGCACGCUGUGGCCACGUUGGCUUCUCUUCAUGCCCACACCCAGCCUUCCCCUGUGGUAGCUUCCUGGGUUCCUGUGGACUCAGGGAUUUGUUGAGUUUUCUCUGCAUAUAUAUGUAUAUAGAUAUGUAUAUAUAUUUAAAUACACAUAUAUAUUGUACAGAAUAAAAGUGUUUUAUUGACUACA